AUGGAAUUACCAUUUUCAGCAGUUCUCGCCGCCGCCCUGGCCGUAUGGCAAUGCAAUGCGGCACUUCCGGACAUCGGAGCGCCUGGCUACACUUGCGAUGCCUACUUGAUGAGACCAAGCAAGACGAUACCAACUAACGUGAACUCCGUCCGACCUGCAGACAUCAAGCUGGUGAUGGCCCUAGGAGAUUCACUUACUGCAGCAAAUGGAGCUGGUGCCGAAGAUGCGCUGGCGGUGGUACUUCAGUACAGAGGUCUUGCGUUUCAAGCCGGUGGAGAUGGAUCAGUGGACACCCACAUUACUAUCCCUAAUAUCCUUAAGAAGUACAACCCCAACCUUUUUGGUUACUCAGUCGGCAUUGGAUCUCCGAAUGUAUGGGAAGUAUCGUACCUCAACGCUGCGGUACCUGGAGCAAUUGCCGCCGACCUUCCUGGACAAGCUCGAACACUCGUCUCGCUUCUGCAUAGCCAUCCAGAAGCGCUGAACUACAACGAGGAUUGGAAGUUGCUGAACAUUUUCAUUGGUGGCAAUGAUAUGUGCUCAUUCUGCAAAGACAGAAGUCUUCAACCUGCUGAGUGCGUCCAACACAUCGAAGAAGCAAUACAGAUUAUCUACGACAAUGUGCCUAGAGUUAUCGUCUCCGUUACCGCAAUGCUACAGUUGGAGAUCAUCAGACAAUCCGACAAAGGGAGGUUGUUCUGCCAAGGACUCCACAAGGAGGAGUGUCCGUGCGAAAGCGACGCCAAGGACUUCAACAAUACCUAUCUAGCCAAUGCAUGCAUCGACUACGCAAAUCGUGAGAUGGACUUGGCAGCAUCUGGCAAAUACGAUAAGAAUGAUUUUACUGUGGUCACACAGCCGUUCUUCCGCGAUAUUAGCACGCCUCCGAUGAAGGAUGGAGAAGUCAAUAAGGGAUUCUUUGCACCGGACUGCUUCCACUUCUCUCAAUGGGGUCAUGCUUUGGUGUCUUCGUGGUUGUGGAAGAAUAUUCUAGAGCCUGUUGGAGAGAAAACCACUCUAGGAUCAGCCGACGUCCCGUCUCUACCUCUUGCUUGCCCUGAUUCGGCUUGCCCAUUCAUUCGUACGAAUGCGAACAGCAAGGACUGCAGCGAAUACCUUACACCUACAGCAGGAAACUAG